CCACCCACUGCAUAAAAGCUGGAAGUUACAGGCAAGAACGCCAAGCUUCGCCUUGAAGAAUUUACCGAUACUGGCAUUAGGUGCGGAGCUAGUGUAGCUUAUUGAUUAGUCAUGGGAAGCUCUUGACAACUGAUAGCGUGUAACUUGUAUGCGGCCGCAAAAUGUGACGAAUAGUACGCAGAUAAAAACAAUACAUUAUAUAUAUAUUUUUUUAAAUAUGUAGUUUAAAGAGACGUUUCUGUAAAAUAUUUAUUCAUAUCACCAUGCAGCCGUAAACUUCAACUCCUUCGAAGUGGAUGUGUAUUUUCAGCUUCAACACUUAGUUUGAACAAGAUGGAAGUUAUCACGCCAUAAACGUUCUGCGGUGACUGACGAGAUGGGAAAAUGGGAGAUAUCAAUGAACCCAGUGCAGGAGUGGGGGGAGGAGUUUGAGGAGGGGGCGUUGUAUGGGAUCACCCUGCGUCGGGAGCCUGUCCAGAUACCAGCCAACCCCACCGAGGCCCGGCCAUGCGUUGCCUUCGUCCAGUACCGGACCUGCAAGGUGCGCAGGCUGAAGGCAGCCACCCUGAACCGGCUGGUGAGCCACCUCCUGGACCCCUGCUGCCAGGAGCUCGACUACAGACGGAUCUUUCUGUCCACCUACCAGACCUUCACCACUACCAGUACACUCAUUGAGCUGCUCUUCCAGAGGGACAAUGGGGCUUCAGACGUGUACAACAGUGAAUGUCACAGGAGGCGUCUGUUGCCCCUGAUCCAGACUUGGUUGGAGGAGAACAGUGAGGACUUCCGGGAUCCUCCUCAGCACCCCUCCCUAAGGCUGCUGAUCGACCACCUGCACAGCCUGUCCUCCUUCUGUUCACUGGCCCAGCGCUCUGAAACUCUGCUUAAUAAGUUCCAUAGAGAAGAAAUGGAUACUGGUGGCCAUUCUUCCCAGGCUGAGGUUAAUCAGGAAGAUGAGGGCUCAGGGGAGAAAGUCCUAGAAUGGGACAGCCCACUGGAUCAGGGUGACAUCAUGGACUUCUCAGUCACAGGCAUUGCAGAACAGCUCACCCGACUGGACGCUGGGCUAUUUGGGAAGGUGGUUCCCUACCAGUGUCUGGGCUGUGUGUGGUCCCAGAGAGACAAGAAGGAGAACCUGUCUGCUACCAUCAGCGCCACCAUUGCCCAGUUUAAUGAAGUCACCAACCGAGUUAUCACCUCCCUGCUCUGCCGGCCCACCUCCAGCCCCACUUCCGUCCACAGGGCCUCCAGCCCAGCUCAGAGGGCCUGCGUCAUUGAGAAGUGGAUCAGAGUAGGACAGGAGUGUCGGCAGCUGAAGAAUUUCUCCUCUUUGAGGGCCAUCCUGUCUGCCCUUCAGUCCAAUGCUGUCUACAGGCUGAGGAAGACGUGGGCUGCAGUGUGUAGGGACAGCGUGGCCAUCUUUGAUAACCUCUGUGAAACCUUCCCUGAUGAGAACUGUGUGUUGAGCAACAGAGAGAUCAGUGUGGAGGAUGGAAGCCAAACAGCCAUGGAUAACAUUUCUCCCAAGAUAUCCAAGCGAUGUCCUAUUGCCAGACAGAUGAGCACCCCCGGUGGGGUGGUUCCUUACCUGGGCACGUACCUGACUAUCCUCACAAUGCUGGACACUGCUCUACCAGAUACUGUGGAGGGGGACCUCAUAAACUUUGAAAAGAGGAGGAGGGAGUUUGAGAUUCUCUCUCAGAUCCGGCAGCUCCAAGCCUCCUGCUCUCAGUACAACCUGCCCCAUCACACCAGGAUCACUGCUUGGUUGCAAGGCCAGAAGCUGCUCACUGACCAGGAGAGCUAUGAACUGUCCAGAAACCUGGAGCCUCCAAUAGACCUCUGCUCCCCAAGCCCCCGGAGCCACCGUUUGCUCAGCAAGAAACUGUCCUCACUCCUGAAAGUGAGUGAGGGAUCCAGCAGGAAAACCCAUGCAGACGAGAUCAGUGUGUCGUCUUCAGGGUCCAGUGGCUCUGAGAUGGAGGAUCUCUCCACCCCUCCCUCCACACUCCGACUGCAGUCUCUGUCCAGCUCCUGUCAAAAUGUGGCGGAGGCCUUACCCUUCUCCCCGGAUGGCUCCACACCCUCCAGUUGUUCCUCCAGUUCUCAGCCUGACCUCUCUGCUCCAGUGGCUGCCCACCCUAAACCCAUGCUGGCCUCUCAUCACAAGCGCUCUGUGUCCAUGACCUCCCUCCCCCUCUACAACAGACAGGUGGCUGACUCCUGUAUUGUGAGGGUCAGUGUGGAGGCUGGCAAUGGCAACAUGUACAAGAGCAUCCUGCUGACUAGUCAGGACAAAACUGCCCAGGUGAUCCAGAGGGCCCUGGAAAAACACAACCUGGAGCACCUGACCUGUCAAGACUUCACCCUCACACAGUUGAUCUCCCAGGAAAGAGAGUUGCUCAUUCCGGACAAAGCUAACGUCUUCUACGCCAUGUGCACGUCAGCGAACUUUGACUUUGUUCUGCACCAGUGCCCACUGGGUCAAAGGAAACCUCUGUGCGCUACUUCCAGCCUUGGACGUUAUUCAAAGUAGACACCGUUCUAUGGCAAUGAUGAGUAACUGCAAACCAGGACUGAGUUCAAAGGAUUUUGUACAGACAUUUUGCUGUUUUGUUUUUAAUAACUUUCUUUUAUGACAAAAAAAUCAUGUUUAAAUGUUCCAUGAUGGACAGACCCCUGCUUGGUUUGUUGUCAAGUGGGUGCCAUGAGAGGAACAGGUGGAAGAUGAUAGCAUAAUGGCACAUCAUGUAAAAUACACGUGUUGAAGACAACAGAUUUGGGGCUACAUUUUGAAACCCAUUGAACAGAAUGUCCUUUAUUUAUUGGUGGAGCGGAACUCUACAUGAAUUCCACCAUUCAACAAUCAACAUUCCUACUAGACUUCCCUGAGGUGCUUUACUUUGUGGAAAGGAGUCACAUUGGAACAGCAUCAGCAGUGACUCUCUCCCUCAGUCACACCAAUAUACAGAUACUUAUAGUUGUUUCCUCUUGUCUCCUCUCCUCUGAGCAAAACCAGUCACCUACUUGUUUUAAUGAGAGAGAUGACUGACGUUUCCCAACAGAGAGAGAGAACCCAUGAGCCUUAAAAGGAAAUUAGGUCACAGGAGACGGCCUGCCACUGCCACCUGAGAAGUGGAUGGGAAUGUUCUCACCCGGAUCACUAUGUUCACCAGGGUAUCAGCCCGCCGUCAUGGCGAUACUGAUUGGGGCUGUGCGUGCGAAAGGAGGGGCUGGCCUGACUGGCUGGAUAGCAUUCCACAUACACUACAGUCAGUUGCUGUAGAGGGGACACUGAUAAACAUUUAUGGACUCAGACUGUCAAAGUUUAAAUGAUGGUGAUAAUGAUGUGUGUGUUGUAAAGAGUUCUGGGUUGCAUUUCAGUGUUAAUACUUAGUUUUUUUCCUGUUCUUUUUACAUUGUUUUCUAUUUGUCUCCUAUAAUGCUCUUGAUGAUUAAGUGGGCCUCCAUGGCUGUGUUGCCUAGCUACCCAAAUUUGUCAUUGGCUUUGAUAUGCUGAUGGGUUAGAGAUGAUCCAACCGCUGAUGCCUUGUUUUGUACAACACCCCUCAAUUUGACGUCACCUCAAACGACUUCAAUGAUCGCACUCUCCGACUGAAGUCUGUUGACAACGAGCAGCGGAAGAAAGAGUCGUCAGGCAAGGCUGUGUGCACUUGUCAAUUAAAUAUACAAAUAUUCUGAAAAAAAUAUAAAGGCAACAAUUUAAACUAAUUUUACUGAGUUACAGUUCAUAUAAGGAAAUCAGUCAAAAUUAAUUAAUUAAUUAGGCCCUAAUCUAUGGAUUUCACAUGACUGGGCAGGGGUGCUGCUGUCGGUGGGCCUGGGAAGGCAUAGGCCCACCCACUUGGGAGAGUGGCACACACACUGGGGAGCAAGGCCCAGCCAAUCAGAAUGAGUUUUUCCCCACAAAAGGGUUUUAUUACAGACAAAUACUCCUCAGUUUCAUCAGCUGUCCAGGUGGCUGGUAUCAGACAAUCACACAGGUGAAGUAGCCGGAUGUGUAGGUCCUGGACUGGCGUGGUUACACGUGGUUCUGAGGCUGGUUGUUCUGUCAAAUUCUCUAAAACAACGUUGGAGACGACUUAUGGUAGAGAAAUUAACAUGCAGUUCUCUGGCAACAGCUCUGGUAGACAUUCCCGAGGUCAGCAUGCCAAUUGCCCAUUCCUUCAAAACAUCUGUGGCAUUGUGUUGUGUGACAACUACACAUUUUAGACUGGCCUUUUAUUGUCUGCAACACAAGCUGCACCUGUGUAAUGAUCAAGCUGUUUAAUCAGCUCCUUGAUAUGCCACCUGUCAGAUGGAUGGAUUAUCUUGGCAAAGGAAAAAAUGCUCACUAACGGGGAUGUAAACAAAUUUGUGCACAAAGUUUGAGCGAAAUAAGCUUUUUGAGCGUAUGGAAAAAUGUCUGCGAUCUUUAAUUUCAGCUCAUGAAAUCAUGGGACCAACACGUUACAUGUUUCAUUAACAUUUUUGUUUAGUGUACAUUCUAAACCAUGCCAGAUGAAUCACCGAUUUGAUAGGCAUUUCCAAAAUGCUUUUUAAAAAUCAGUGUAUGACACUACAGUAGCUUAAUUUAAAUGUUUAGAAGGACUAUCAUGCAAAUAAGUGUUUAAUAUAUUAAAGCUUUCCACUAUGAUUGAACCAAAUUGGUUAUGCAACAUUCUGAAAAAAGGUGAAAAGAAAUUCAAACACUUAGGCGCUAUAAAUAACUCAAGGUGCUUUUAUCUGCCAGAGCAUUUACGUACCCCUUUCAUCCAGGGCUUGAAGAUGGGUCAUUUGAACCCAGAUUUAAAUCUAAUGUAUAUUACAAAUCUGCCAAAACUGAAUUCCCAGAGGUUGCUUAGUUGUCUCUUUGAGAUGAAUAGCAUUAAAAGUAAUUGUAAACUAAAGAGGAAGUGUUAAAUAUAUGGCUUGUACAGUGCUAUGUGAAAAUCCUGCAAACAUGAAAAAACUGAAUGAUUCAAGCAACAGGACAUCUCACGUUUACUGAGCUGUCCAUUUUCAUUGUCUCUCUGCUCCAAAUAAAGUUUCUCAACACCUUU